UAAUCAUACAAACAUAGUUUUAAUCAAACAACCUAGAAAAUGUUGAAAAAACUUAGACGCAAGGUUAGCACAGCUCUCGCAGGUGGCUCGAGAAAAGGCUCCAAACCCUAUAAAAACACAACCUUCAAAAUCAAAACCCCAUCACCAUCCCCAUCACCAUCAACCCCAUCACAACUUCCAUCACCACCACGAAGAUCAACAAUGUCUCACACCAGAAAGCACACUCCUUUUCUGUUCCCCCAUGUUGAUUCCACUGUUGUCCCUGAACCCUCCAAUUUCUUCUCCUCAAACCUUGUCUCAAAUCCACUCCCCACAAACUCCUUCUUCCAAAACUUUGUCCUCAAAAACGGUGACCAACCUGAAUACAUUCACCCUUACCUCAUCAAAUCCUCAAACUCUUGUCUUUCCCUCUCAUACCCAUCUCGCUUCAUGAACCCCUCCUUCAUCUACCAAGUCUUCAACCCUGAUCUUACCAUCUCUUCCUCUCAAAAAUCCCACCCUUCCCAUUUGAACCACACCAUCUCUUCCCACAAUGAUCUCAGUGUUACAUUGGAUAUCCCUUCUUCCAAUUUGAGGUUUUUCCUUGUUCGGGGAAGCCCCUUUUUGACCCUCUCUGUGACUCAACCAACCCCUCUUUCCAUCACCACAAUCCAUGCAAUUCUCUCCUUUACCUCAAGUGAGUCACUCACCAAACACACUUUCCAUCUUAACAAUGGCCAGACUUGGUUUUUGUAUGCUUCUUCACCGAUCAGGUUGAGUCAUGGACUCUCUGAGAUAACUUCUGAUGCCUUUUCUGGCAUAAUUAGGAUUGCCCUUUUGCCUGGUUCUGAUUGGAAGCAUGAGGCUGUGCUUGACAGGUUCAGUUCUUGUUACCCUGUGAGUGGUGAGGCUGUGUUUGCAAGACCCUUUUGUGUGGAGUAUAAGUGGGAGAAGAGAGGGUGGGGUGAUUUGUUGAUGUUGGCACACCCUCUCCAUAUUCAGCUUUUGGCUGAUAGUGGCAGCGAAGAUGUUAGUGUUUUGAGUGAUUUUAAGUAUGGGAGCAUUGAUGGGGAGCUCGUUGGGGUUGUUGGGGAUUCUUGGCUUUUGAAAACUGAUCCUGUUUCUGUGACUUGGCAUUCUGUUAGAGGUGUGAGGGAAGAAUCCCGGGAUGAGGUUGUUUCGGCGCUUGUGAACGAUGUCGAGGGGCUGAAUUCUUCGGCAAUAGCGACAAAUUCGUCGUAUUUUUAUGGGAAAUUGGUUGCAAGGGCUGCAAGGUUUGCUUUGAUAGCUGAGGAGGUGUGUUUUCUUGAUGUGAUUCCCAAGGUUAGAAAGUAUUUGAAGGAAACCAUCGAGCCGUGGCUGGAGGGGACUUUUAAUGGGAAUGGAUUUCUGUAUGAUAGGAAAUGGGGUGGCAUUGUCACCAAACAAGGAUCUACUGAUGCUGGUGCUGAUUUUGGGUUUGGAGUUUACAAUGAUCACCAUUAUCAUUUGGGGUACUUCCUUUAUGGAAUUGCAGUGCUUGCUAAGAUUGAUCCGGUGUGGGGUAGGAAGUAUAAGCCUCAAGCCUAUUCACUAAUGGCAGAUUUUAUGACCUUGAGCAGAAGAUCAAACUCAAAUUACACAAGACUGAGGUGCUUUGACCUUUAUAAACUCCACUCAUGGGCUGGAGGGUUAACUGAGUUUGGAGAUGGAAGAAAUCAGGAGAGUACUAGUGAAGCUGUUAAUGCAUAUUAUUCUGCUGCCUUGAUGGGUCUGGCGUAUGGUGACACGCAUCUUGUUGCCAUUGGAUCAACACUCACAGCAUUGGAAAUUCAUGCAGCUCAAAUGUGGUGGCAUGUGCAAGAGGGAGAUAAUCAGUAUGAUCAAGAUUUUGUAAAAGAGAACAAGGUAGUUGGUGUUCUUUGGGCAAAUAAGAGGGAUAGUGGACUAUGGUUUGCGCCUCCUGAGUGGAGAGAAUGUAGGCUCGGCAUUCAACUCUUACCAAUACUGCCUAUUUCUGAAGUCUUGUUUUCCAAUGUUGAUUUUGUGAAGGAGCUUGUGGAGUGGACAUUGCCUGCUUUGAAUAGGGAAGGUGUUGGAGAAGGAUGGAAGGGGUUUGUCUAUGCUCUGCAGGGUAUUUAUGACAAUGAAGGUGCAAUGCAGAAGAUAAGAAGGUUAAAUGGAUUUGAUGAUGGAAACUCAUUGACUAAUCUCUUGUGGUGGAUUCAUAGCAGAUCUGAUAAAGAGGAAUUUGGUCAUGAAAAAAUCUGCUGGUUUGGUCAUUACUGCCACUAGGUAUUGUUAAUGGUUUCAGGUAUUUAAAAAGAAAUUAUGAUAGUUUCUUACAUUGUACAAAAAUAAAUUUCUGUAUACAUCUGAUGGCUGUUUCUUUCAAUAUUUAUUUCAGUAAAAUGUGUUGUGGACUUGAGCAUUCGUUCUCUGUUAACCCUCAUUGUGUCAUGAGAACAUUAUGGUUUAAGGUUUAAGCUCUUUAGCUA